AUGGCAUCACGUCUAGCUGCCUGUGAAGCUUGUCGAAAGGCAAAGGUCGCCUGUGAUCACCAGCAACCCGUCUGUUCGCGAUGCAGUAAUAGUAAGGGCGUGUGCAUCUACCGCACCACGCCAUUUAAGCGGAAGCGCGUCGAGAAACCGAGCGAUUUGUCCUCACCAGACCCGUCGCCAUCUUUUACUCCACGGCGUAAUCCAUACCCCAAUCCCGGAUACUUGGGAUCCUCUAGCCAUGCGGCCAUAUUCAAGCAUAUCACGACUGAUGGAGAUCAGAGCGCGGGUGCUCAUACCGGAAGCUCCGAGGCUCUAAGUCCGCAAUGGGUUGGUGAUAACCACUUGGUAUUGCAGGGAGCUGAUGUUCUCCGGCAUCUACUCAAUGCAUACCCGCUAUCGGCCAUGAAAGACCUGAUCAUGUUCUGGCUGGCAAAGGGAGCGAACCUUGCGCUGGCGGAACCGUUCGUUGCGCAGUGCGCUGAGAGUGUGAGCCACCUUUUCGCCACGAAUGAUGAGAACUGGCAUUUGAUAUAUGCGCGUCGGUUGCUCCAUAACUCUGCUCAGCCGCUGCGGUUCCAUCAAUCCAUGGCUCUGUCUGAUUUUUCGAUGCAAUUCAUGGAUCAUAAUUGUCGCUGGGAAACGAUUGGAAUUUUCUUCGCCGCAGUCAGUCGUGCUACCAUUGAUAUUCCGUUCUUUCCAGCCUUAUACACCAAAGAGGAGGAUCAGUAUACUUUACGGCGGCUAGCAACAAAGCUUAGUGAUUUUGCGCUGGAGAUCUCGCUUUCAUUGGAUUGCCUGAAUGAUUUACAACUGAUUGUUCAGUAUGAAAAUUUUAUCGUCCAUUCCUACGUGGACGGUGAUCAGAGUUACCACUCAUGGCGCAAACUCGGCGAUGUCAUCUCCUCAACCUUCGCAAUGGGAUUUCAUGAAAACCUGGAAGCAAAAACCGGCACCCCGAGAUUCCUCAUGGAACUACGCAAGUCUGCCUUCGCGCGGAUAUACUCUGCAGACAAGAAUAUUGCUAUUUUCCUUGGCCGGCCACCACGAAUGAACAAACGAUUCUGCCAUUUCCAAAUCCCGUCUUGUCAGACCAACUCUCAGCCAGAUACAUUCGCAACAACUGCAGCCUACAACCGGAAUAAUGAUAAUUACAACACCUGGGACCUCGAUUCCAAACCCUGCUAUAUAGCUGAUUCACGGUGGUCUGCCCUUUGCGCAUUCUUGAAAGAAGAGGUCUGGGAAUUAUUGCAAGAUAAGCAAGACGCAGCAUGCGUGCAAAGAGCGAGUGCAAUUCAACGAAAAGCAGAAGAACAAUGGCUCGCGCUCCCUUCCCCGCUUCGUCUAGAGGGCAGUUUGAAACAAUGCAUCCGGACUCCCUUCGAUAGGGAUUUUCUCGCCCAUGCUCGUCUCCAACAUCUACAUGUCAUCUUCUUACUCCGUCUCUUAUUAUUGAACACGCUUACCGAACCUGAUAUCCCGAUCAUCGAGACGGCGGGACAGAUGCUUGCGCUCGUCGUCGAAUGUAUUCUUCUGCGUGAUCAAUUGACUAAUUCUGGGACCGGUCUGAUUUGGAAGGUCGCAUAUUAUGGCCUCCCCGCUGCGGGAAUCGUGCUCCUCGCCCUCAUAAAACAACAUACACAUACAACGCAAAAUAUUGCGCGCACGAAGAUCCUGCAAGACCUUAGCGUCUUUGUGGCCGAGGUGCAGAUUGGGACGAUCGUUCGACCAGGGGAUCCGAAUUUUGCACUUCUUUCUAAAGCCACGCAAACUAUUCAGCGGUUCCUAGACUCCUUUCACUCUGAUGGUGGGCAUGGUGCGAUGGAUUCUCAAGGUGGUCAUGAGGAGGGAGCUGGGAACGAUGACUGGUCUGCUUUGCUGAGCCAGGAUUUGUGGGAUUUCGAGGCCGGCUUUUGGCAGUCUUUGGCGGACCAUCCAGCUUUGUUGGCGGUUGAUCCGCCUUUGCCUGGUGUCUAG